GGGUGGGGGGUGGGGGAAGGGGAGCGGUCACGUGGGGCGCCGCCGGCAAGACUCGGCUCUAGGAGCUCCCGCCCCGGGUUCCCGGGGCCCCGGUCCCUGUCCCUCGCCGGCGCCAGCCAGGUACCCUGCUGUCAGGGACGCUCUUGCCAGGUGGCCCUGGACGCGCCAGGCUGGGGUCGACUCUGAGCGCCCCGCGGGGGCCAUGGAUGGCGAGACAGCAGAGGAGCAGGGGGGCAAUGUGCCCCCGCAAGGUGCACCCUGCGGACCAGGCUCAGCCGGCGCUCCUGCCCUCGGGGGGCGGCGGGAGCCCAAGAAGUAUGCAGUGACCGAUGACUACCAGUUGUCCAAGCAGGUGCUGGGCCUGGGUGUGAACGGCAAGGUGCUGGAGUGCUUCCACAGGCGCACUGGGCAGAAAUGUGCCCUGAAGCUCCUGUAUGACAGCCCCAAGGCCCGGCAGGAGGUGGACCACCACUGGCAGACCUCGGGGGGCCCUCACAUUGUGCGCAUCCUGGACGUGUAUGAGAACAUGCACCAUGGCAAGCGCUGUCUCCUCAUCGUCAUGGAGUGCAUGGAAGGUGGUGAGCUCUUCAGCCGGAUUCAGGAGCGUGGCGACCAGGCUUUCACCGAGAGAGAAGCUGCAGAGAUCAUGCGGGAUAUCGGCACUGCCAUCCAGUUCCUGCACAGCCAGAACAUCGCCCACCGAGAUGUCAAGCCUGAAAACCUGCUCUACACGUCCAAGGAGAAAGAUGCAGUACUCAAGCUCACCGACUUUGGCUUUGCCAAGGAGACCACCCAAAAUGCCCUGCAGACACCCUGUUACACUCCCUAUUACGUGGCUCCUGAGGUCUUGGGUCCAGAGAAGUACGACAAAUCGUGUGACAUGUGGUCCCUGGGCGUCAUCAUGUACAUCCUCCUGUGUGGCUUCCCGCCCUUCUACUCCAACACGGGCCAGGCCAUCUCCCCAGGGAUGAAGAGGCGGAUCCGCCUAGGCCAGUAUGGCUUCCCCAAUCCUGAGUGGUCGGAGGUUUCUGAAGAUGCCAAGCAGCUGAUCCGCCUCCUACUGAAGACAGACCCCACAGAGAGGCUGACCAUCACACAGUUCAUGAACCAUCCCUGGAUCAAUCAAUCAAUGGUGGUGCCACAGACCCCACUCCACACGGCCCGCGUGCUGCAGGAGGAUAGAGACCACUGGGAUGAGGUCAAGGAGGAGAUGACCAGUGCCCUGGCAACCAUGCGUGUGGACUACGACCAGGUGCAGAUCAAGGACCUGAAGACCUCUAACAACCGACUGCUCAACAAGCGGAGAAAGAAGCAGGCAGGCGGUUCCUCAGCCUCCCAGGGCUGCAACAACCAGUAGCCCGCCGGGCCUUGGAUGAGGGCCUUGGAUGGGCCGGGCCUCUCAGCCUGGGGACAGACAGGAGCGUGCUGACGCCCCGGGUCACUGUUUUUAACAAAAGGAUCAUUUUGUUGUGUUUUAAUUUGUCACUUAGAACUUCAGGAUGGGGGACCGUGACUCCAAACUUCCUUAGAGAGGGAGCCCUGGAGUUAGGGAGCCACCUGCCCCAGCUGCAGCGCCUUUGGCCAGAGCAGCCUGAGUGAGACGUAGCUCUGUUGGGCACGCUGGGGCAUGGCUUUAGACUUCUAGGCCACCGGCAGUUGUGGCGGGCUUCCCUCCUCCCUUGGAGACACCCCCCUGUAGGGUGGACAGAUGGGCCUGGCCCUGGGAAAGGCAUCUGGCCAUGGGUUGCCAUGGUGACCAGGGACUGGCUUGCUGUCUGUGAAUGCUGAGUGAGAGAGCAAGGGAGGGAGAAGGGGCAAUGGGGGUCUGCCUCUGCGUCCGUGGGGCGGCUGGUCUCCUUCACGCUGCUCCACCCUCUCAGGCUCCCUCCCUUUGGUCUCCUGAGGCCCACGGUCAGUUUGCCUGCCUCGCUGGGUGGUCCAGCCCUAUCUUGCUGCAACCCCAUCCCACAGGGCCCCUGGAGCGCCCUCCCCGCAGAGUCCCUGGGCCUAAUGAUGCUGUUACUACCCCUUACCCAAAGAGUGGCCUCUCAUCUCAGGGGAGGGUGGGAGGUAUUUUUAACCCUUUUCUACUUUGGAAAAUGUCACUGUGACACAAGCCAGUACAGUUCUCUUGCCCCUACCCACUCACCGGUUCCCAGGCCGGAAAGCUUCUCUGUAAUGGUUCAUCCUCCACCUUGUCCUGGUUGAUGGCAGGGGCUGCCUCCUCGUGGACUUUUGUGAGAGUGGAUGGCUGGGGGCAGGACCCAGUGGCUCCCCAUUAAUCAGGGGUCUCUUUCUACACUCUGGGUCAGACUCCAGGCAGUGGAGGGCUACUGAGUGAUGCUUAGAAGGUCUGGUUCUGAGUCCCAGCCUGAGUCGGAACAGAGAGGAUCCCUUCCUUGCUGGUCUAAGCUUACCCAGUCCCACGGCUGCCCCAGGUAGCCUCAGGGUUCUCAGUGCCUGAUAUGGGCCCGACAAGUGCCUGACACCCAGCCUGGUCCCUGACCUCUCUCUCGCUGGCUGGGAAACCCUAGCCCACAUCAGAUAGGAAAACACUGCUGGGUUUUACAUGUAGAUAGUAAUAAACACCAUUUUGGCGUUUC